ACGAAAAUAGGCCAGCCAAUGGGAGAUGACGAUGCUCUGAUACGGGUGCAGAUCUGGCUUCCUGUUUCACUGCCACAGGAAGUUGGUGUUUGAGCCAACAAGGUGCACACUGACAUCCCUGCAGCGUCUCCUCCGUACAACUAGAGACCAAUGAUGGACAAAGAUUACGUUGGAUUUGCAACUCUGCCCACCCAAGUCCACAGAAAGUCCGUAAAGAAGGGGUUCGAUUUCACUCUGAUGGUUGCAGGAGAAUCUGGGCUGGGAAAAUCCACUCUUGUCAAUAGCCUCUUCUUGACAGAUCUAUACAAGGACCGGAUACUCCCGGAUGCGCAAGGCAGGAUCCCCCAGACUUUGGAAAUUGUCAAGCAUGCGGUAGACAUUGAAGAAAGGGGGGUGAAAGUGAAAUUGACGGUGAUCGAUACCCCAGGAUUUGGAGAUGCAGUGGACAACACUGAGUGCUGGAAGCCAAUUGCCCACUACAUUGAUUCCCAGUUUGAGCAGUACUUUCGAGAUGAGAGUGGCUUGGACCGCAAGAACAUUCAGGAUGGGCGUGUCCACUGCUGUCUCUAUGUCCUGUCACCCUUUGGACACGGGCUCCGCCCCCUGGACAUUGUAUUCCUCCGAGCCAUCCACGACAAAGUCAAUAUUGUGCCGGUGAUUGGAAAGGCAGACAGCUUGACUCCAACAGAGGUGAAACGCAAGAAAGAGAAGAUCCGGCAGGAGUUAGAGGAAAACGGGAUCAAUAUCUAUGAGUUUCCUGACUGUGACUCAGAUGAAGACGAAGAGUUCAAAGCUCAGGAUGCGGAGAUGAAGCAAAGCAUCCCCUUUGCUGUAAUUGGAUCCAGUCAGGUGGUCAAGGAGUCGAAGGACAAAGUGUUCCGGGGACGGCAAUAUCCUUGGGGGACAGUGGAAGUGGAAAACGCGGCUCACUGCGACUUCCUCAAACUUCGGAACAUGCUGAUUCAAACCCAUAUGCAGGACUUAAAGGAUGUGACCCACGAAGUCCAUUACGAAAACUACCGAGCGCAGUGCAUUCAGAGUCUGACCAGACCUGGGGCACGAGACCGCAGCAGCCGCGCGAAACUGUCACGUCAAAGUGCCACUGAGCUGCCACUCCUGCCUCUGGCAGAGACGGAGAAAUUAAUUCGCGAGAAAGACGAGGAGCUCCGUCGGAUGCAGGAAAUGCUGCAGAAGAUGCAGGCACAGAUGCUGCAGAGCAAAGGGGAGCAGUGUGACCUCUGAAAGGCAGCAGAGCUCCUUUCCCACAGUGCUAUGAGAAUCCCAAUGGAAAGAGACUUAAUUCUGCAACUAUGUGGCCAAAUCAGGGGGCCACACUGGUAAUGGAAAUGGAAGAGUUAAGUAUUGGUGGGUAUGCUAUGUAUUUGAGAGAGAAAACCCCUGUGGACUUCCAGAUGUUACUGGACUACAACUCCCAACAUCCCUGAUCUUUGCCCAUGCUAGUUUAGGCUGAUGGGAGUUGGAGUCCCCACAAUAUGCAGAGGGCCACAGGUCCCCCAACCCUGGCUUAAGAAAUUAUCACACUGUCUAUCAUAUAUA